CAUGUUCUCCAGCCUGUCUGCUGUAAACACUUUAGCUCCAGAGGACAACAGGACGCACGCACUCGCACGUGCCUGAGGGUAUUUCUUGACUACCUCAUCAUCAUCAUCCUCUUCACACUAAUGCUUUAGGACGAGCUUAAGCGUGAAUUUCAACACAGUCCACACGAAUGAAAAGUAGGAGUGAGUGAGCGAGUGGAGGAGGAGAGGAGAGCUGGAUUGGGGGGCGGUGUAGCUGAGAGGCCACAGAGGGGGGUUCCAGCAUUACUGAAAGGGCUGGACAGCGCGAAAGAGCAGAAAAGAAGGAAGAAAAGAAGCGAGAGGGGGAGAGAGAGGGAGAGAUGGCGAGUGGAGAGAUCUCCACUCUUCCCUCGGCUUCGGCCGACAGCUUUCCCCCGGGCCACUUCAAAGACCCCAAGCGGCUGUACUGCAAAAACGGAGGCUACUUCUUACGCAUCAACCCAGACGGACGAGUGGAUGGCAUCCGCGAGAAAAACGACCCCAACAUUCGGCUGCAGCUCCAGGCAACCGCAGUGGGAGAGGUCGUCAUUAAGGGUAUCUCGGCUAAUCGCUACCUUGCCAUGAGCGCUGAGGGGAGGCUAUUUGGAACGAGACGAGCAACGGAUGAAUGUUAUUUCUUCGAGCGCCUGGAGGCAAAUAACUACAACACGUACAGAUCACGGAAAUAUCCAAACUGGUAUGUUGCGUUAAAGAGGACGGGGCAAUACAAGAGCGGAGCAAACACAGGACCUGGACAAAAAGCUAUCCUCUUCCUCCCGAUGUCAGCCAAGGGCUAAACUUUGUCUGUGUGAGUUUUUAUUUGUUUACGUGAAAACAAAUGGCAGGCCAGAAUAUGGACAAUUAAUCUUUUAAUGGUUUAUUUUUGUUUUUUGUUUUUGUUUUUUGGCAAAACAAAUGUGGGGUCAUAUUCAGACAAGAAACUGAAUUACUUACAAACAUACAAUUGUCACAGUGCUUCUGCUUCUCACUAAUGAAUAAUUUUAGGCCAUUAAUACGAGAUUGCAACUUCUGAAUUUUUUUUAAACUCAUCAUUUUGUCUGUGAAUAGAGAUGUGGACAAACUAAAGAGGUUCCUUAAAACUGGUCAUUUUUAACAUAAAGAUAUAGAGUUGGAGCUAAUGGAAAUUCAUUUUUUAAAAAAAAUUAAAGCAAUUAAGUAUGUAGUAAUAACCACAGCUUCAUCUUUGUAAUUAUUCAUCACCAAUUUAAUUUGCUAAGUCUUUUAUAGAGUCCAAUUCCUUUUCUAAAUGUUUUUGUAAAUUAAAAUGCGUUUGUAAACUUUUGGUUGAUCUAAAAAUGCUACAUUUUACAGAGAAAAGGGGAAUAAGUGUGUCACUUGAUUUUUUCCAACUGAAAAUUAUGGUAACUUUAUCAUUUUAGGCCAGUAUUAACAAAAAUAAUGACAAAAUAAUUAUAUUGGGACUAGGCCCCAGUGCUGUCUUGUACUUUAAUGGUUUGUAAUUUUGUAAAUUUUAAAUGAUUUUCAGAAAUAUAAUACUUAAUUCUUACCAAAAUUGUAAUGAUUUGAACUUAAGUUUCAUGUCAUAACGCCAACCCUAAAUCAUUAACUUAACCAGAAGUGUGUACUAAACAAUGAACAAAACAUUAUCACCCAGGGUGAAGUUUCACCAUCUGCAGCCUAUCAGUGUCACUAAAUGAGGCCAACAGGAAGUACUCCAUCUGUAAUCUCAGCCUGGAGCUCUGUGAUCAUCUGUUUUUCUGCUCAAUGAAAAAGAAGAAUGAAUGAAAUUCAUAGAUGCCAUACUAAUCUAAAAUGUUUUCUGGUGAAUCAUCCAUCAUUCAAAAUGAACAGCAAUUUGAAUAGAUUUUCUGCAAUGGAUGUUGCACCUACUAGUGGGUAGGUAAAUGUUUUAAAUAUAUAACUUAUCUUAAGUUACAUUGAAACCAUUUUACUUUGUUCAACUAAGUUAUUUAAAAGUUAUUUAAUACUUCAUAAACAUUAAACAUAAAACUUAUUUGACAAGUUUAACAUAGAAAAUGGCCACAUUGUAAAAUCUGCUCAACAUGAAUCUAAAUCUAUUACACAACAGCAUUCUAUUACAUACCAAUCAAAUAAAAACACUGAAAAAAACUUGAAACAUUCACAAAUUUGUGAAACAAUUAUUUAAUUGGCAAAAGUGUGUUUUUUUUUUUUUUUAAAAAGUUCUUUUCAUUUUUAAAGCCUCUUAAUUUUUAUGACUGCAGCUCCUGUACAUUUUUAACGAAUGUCAUGACUAAAUAAUGUGAGUUUAAAAGAUGCUGCUUCUAUAUUAUAUAUCUUCCUUUCUAGCUUUUAGUGUGUAUAGAUCAAAUUGUCAUGUAAAUGAGAUUUUAUGUGAGAAAAAAACACUAAAUAUUGUCGAUGUAUGUAUGUAUGUAUGUAGUUAAACUCUAACAGUAUUGCAAUAUAUUAUUAUAACAUUCUUUGAUAUGACUGUAUAUAAAAUAUUUACAUUAAAUACUGUAUUUAAGUCCAAAUAUUUCAGGCAAAUAUAUAAAUAUUUGCCUAAAAGUAAAAGUGAAGAAUUUUAAAUGGCAUUUUCCAGAAUAUGAGAUUCAGUCAUUAAUAAUAUCAAAUAAUAACAUCAAUAUUUCAUACAAAAUAGUGGGAGAACUGAACUUUAGAUAGAGUCUAAAAAAAUAAAAAUAAAAAAAGAAUGUGUGACUUUGUGCUGCAGUUAUAUCAGCAUUUAACAAUAAAAUUAAACAGUUUAACAGUGUAACAAUGUAACGCAACUGCAACAUGCAUAGUCUAACAAUAUUUUAAAACCUAAAUCAGUCUGUGUGUUUUAUUGUAUUUAUUAGCUAGGUCAAAUAGAUGCAAGAAACAAAACAUGACAGGGCAUGUUGUAAUAGGAAAAUAAUCAACAGCACAUCCUGAAGUGUUUUCUUCUUAUUUAUAUCACAGCAAAGUGCCAACAAUUACAACUUUUAACUUGUUAAAUAAUGACAUCAUACUUUUAUCUGUUUAUAGUUAUAUUUAAUGUUGUCGAACACAAAACAAAUUAGAUUCAUUUAUUACAAAUUACAUAGACUUUCCCAUGGUGGAAAACUCAAAGUUAGAGUUUUACCUCUGACUGCUGCGAAGUGCUGAUGCUUGAGACUCCUUCCAUAAAGUUUAAAUAAAUGUCCCCUCACCAUAUCAGCAAUUACGCAAACAUAUUUUUCAUUUGUUUAUUAAUAGGCUUACAAUUCUGUAUGUAGUGUGUCCAGCAUAUGACUACCUAUGAAUUAGUUCUUACUACAGAUACAAUAAUGUAUCUGUGCACAUUAAUGUAAAUUCGAUUAUAGAUAUUUAUAUAAAAUAACACCUUCUGACAAUCAUAACUGAGAAUUUAAAAGCAUUCUUAUCUAAAUAUUUAAUUCCUCUAUCACUUUGUUCAUUCAUACACAUAUUUUGGCAUUGGUUAAUAGAAAAUGCACAUACUGAAUAAAUCUAACAAAACAAACGCUUGCUUGAGGAGGAAAAAAGUUAAAUAUUACUAAAAUUAGUUGAAUAUAAUGUAACUGUAAUAUAUAUUUGGUGUAUAAGUUAGGUAACAGUCAUCUACAGACAAAAAAUAGCUUAAAAAAAAGAAAAAAAAGAACAGACAUCCUAUAUUAUUCAUCUUUUUAAUCAUUGUGCUCUAAGGAAAUUCUAUUUGGUCCUUUUCCCCUCUUAUUUGUUGUUGAAAAAAGUGAAUUUAUUGCUUUGGAUUGAUAUUUAAAUGUGAGAAAUUGCUAUCCAUUUUAUUCUUCUAUUUUUAAAAAAAGGCUUCUAGGAAAAAAGGCAUUUAAUUGUAUCUUCAGCACACUGUGAGAUUUAUUUAUACCGCUCCGGAAUUUUCCUGUGAUAAAUCUGAUAGACUAAUCCGGUGUAUACAGCAGGCAAUUCCUCCAUGCUUAGAUCGAUGUUCUCAAAUCCGUUUUGUAGUCCGAACAGGAGCAGUUUGGCGAUGCGGCUCGUUAUGGGCGCAGCGUCACUAAUUUUGGCCAGUUCUGCCAAAUCCAUCCACUCGCAACGUAAACACUCAUGCUUGCAGAAGUUGAUCUCGUACGUUACUGGCGCGAGACGGCAUAUCAGAUACAUAUCCGAAUUCCCAAAUGCUCCAGGGUGGUGGUGCUGCUGACGGAUACUCACAAGAGAUCGGAAUUCAGAUCGGAUGCCAGUUUCCUCAAAAACUUCACGGACUGCAGUGUCGCCUAAUUUUGGGGUUGGGGGGGUUAACAAGUAAUGAUUCACAAAUGUUUAUCAAGUCUAAACAUUGUGUAUUUGUAUCACAGAGUUAAAUAGUUAAGUAGCUGGAAAACUUUUUGUUAUACUUUUUCUAUACAUAGAAGUAGGUUCAGAAAAAGAAAUUCAUCGAAUUCAUAGAAAGAAUCCAUAAACCUGUUCGUUUAAAUUAGUCUAACUCAUGCAACUAGCUAACUACCUGUUACUGAACCGGCAACUAAAAACACGAGACUAGGCAACACAUUGGAGAUUUCACUUGCCUGCAAGACUCGCUAAUAAAUUUAUCAUAUGUCUAGCCUUGUAUAACACUAUAUAUAUAUAUAUAUAUAUAUAUAUAUAUAUAUAUAUAUAUAUAUAUAUAUAUAUAUAUAUAUACAUAUAUGUAUAUAGUAUAUAUGCUAUUAUUUAAAGAUUAAUUUAAAGAGAAUGAAAUCUCUAAAUACACUCAUACUUCUUAACAAAUACAGUGAUACUGUAUAUUAAGCCCAUUUUGUUGACAGAAUUAAAUAAUCAAAUAAAAAUCUAUUCCAAAUCUAUCCAUUUCAUUUUAUUUUUAAAAUUUAAGACUUCACAUUUCCCCCAAAGUCAAAGUUUCAAAUCUGUAUUUAGCUGUAAGUUUAUACUCAAGAGGGAAGCAGGAAAUUGUUUAUCGUUGGCGUGUCAGAUAUUGUUUGUGUAACUUUUUUUUAAUGAGGUCAAAGCUACAUAAAACCUCUAAAUAUUUGGACUGAAACGAGGUUAUCUUAUCCGUGAGCUCUAAAACAAAUUAGAUGAAAUACUUUCAAAUUUAAACAGGUUUAAACAGGUUUUUUAGUACAUAAACACAUGAGUUUUUAUUUAAUGUAAACUGUAUAUAGACUUUUAGAUGGACUUUUAAUGUUGGUUUAAUGGUUAUGGAUGUAAACAUUGAGAAAAAGAUGAAUAUCCAUUUAAAAUAAUAACUAAAUAUAUAACUAAUAAAAUAAUAAAUAAUAAAAAUAAUAACUAAAAUAAUAAAAACACUACUUAAAAAAAAAAAAAAAAAACUUUAUCAGCAUUUCAUAAUCUUUGUGUGAUAUUUGUUGUGAUGCUUACCAACAUUUUCACUAGGAUUAGACAAUCCACCAGGAAACUUCCACAUAUUCUUAGCCUGAAAUAAACAAAACUGUGUUAGAAAAUGUUUUAAAGGGUUUUUAUUACUAGCAUAGAUUUAUCCAUUUAUUUUAAAUGUGUUUAUUAUAUUUUUAUGUUGUUGUUUUUUUUGCAAACUUAGCAUAUGCAACACAUUUAAUUCCAUGCAUUCAACAUAUAAAUAUUAACUUUAUAUUUUUGAGUUUAAAAACGUGUUCUACUGAUGUGUAUAAACAUGUUUAUUUAGUCAUAUUUAACACCAAACAAAAAAAAUGCUGCUAGUUAUAAACUGUAAUUUAGUUCUUACUUGAGUAGUCUUUUUCAUUGACAUUUUAAUGCUUUUUAUCGUUUGUUUUUUUUUAAGUUAAAGCUAUGUAAAUUUGUACUUGCCUUCCUUGUAUUUUUCUUUGUAUGGUUCUUGGUUUGAUUUUUUUUUUUCUCUUAUAUGGAACAAUAAAGAGUAUUUUUGUGGGGAAAUGU